CACCAACAUCCUGCUCUGCCUGGAGUUGAUACCUGGCCAAGCGUCGGUGAGCAGGAAACAUGUCCUCUCGCUACCACCAAGCUGCCAGUGACAGCUACCUGGAACUUCUGAAAGAGGCGACCAGGAGGGAUCUGAACCUCUCUGAUGAGGAUGGCAUGACGCCCACACUCCUGGCCGCCUACCACGGGAACCUGGAAGCCCUGGAGAUCAUCUGCAGCAGAGGAGGGGACCCUGAUAGAUGCGACAUCUGGGGAAACACUCCUCUACAUUACGCAGCCUCCAAUGGUCAUGCCCACUGCGUCUCAUUCCUGAUCAACUUUGGUGCCAACAUCUUUGCCUUGGACAAUGAUUUACAGUCUCCACUGGAUGCUGCUGCCAGCAGAGAGCAGAAUGAAUGUGUUGCUCUCCUGGAUAAGGCAGCCACUGCCCAGAACAUCAUGAACCCCAAGAAGGUCACCAGGCUGAAGGAGCAGGCUCAGAAGAAUGCCAGGAGGCAGAUCAAAGAGUGUGAGAGGCUCCAGGAGAAGCACCAGAACAAGAUGGCCCGCACCUACAGAAAGGAGGAAGCCGGGACUCUCUCUUCUUCCAAGAGCACUCUUUCUAGGUCAUCCCUUUCAAAUGCAUCUGCUUCCAGCACAUUUGGGUCACUGUCUAAGGGCAUUAAAGGCACCUUCAAGAUACAGUUCAAGAAGAAUAAAGAUACAGCAGAGCAGGGAGGAAAGGAGUGCCGAAACGGGCAGAGGAAUGUGAUGGAAGUGUUCAGCGAGGAGGAAGAAGACACAUUCUCAGGGGAGUCCAGAGAGAAGCUCUCAGCAGAGGACAGCUGUGCGCAACACGAAUCCAUUCUCAGUCGUCCAGGUCUAGGGAAUAUUGUUUUUAAAAGGAACAGAAUAUUGAGUCCUGAAGACAUGUCAGAUGACAAGAGAGGGUUGGAGUUUAAAGUGUCCAGUGAAUUGUUUCAGCGACAAGGAGCAGCACAGCCUGAGGAAGCAGAGGCUGAUGAAGAGGGAGAUGGAAACAGCUUGGAAGAGGCCCUGCCUUGGGAUGAGGAUGUGGUGGAGUGGGAGGAAGACGAGGGGGACGCUACGCCCCUGGAAGUGUUCCUGCAGUCCCACCACCUGGAACAAUUCCUUCCGUUUUUCAUGAGAGAGCAGAUUGAUCUAGAAGCUCUGUUGCUUUGCUCUGAUGAGGACCUUCAGAGCAUACAAAUGCAGCUGGGUCCCAGGAAGAAAGUUCUCAAUGCUAUAAACAGAAGGAAGCACGUGCUCCAGCAUCCUGGCCAACUGGUCGACACCAGUCUGUGAUGGCGUGCUUGACCAGCAGGGGGAGUCCGCAGCGUGGGCAAGGCAGUGCCCACUGGAUGCACUCCAGGCAGUACCUGCUCUCUACUGAAUGCCACCCCUGGGGAUGGUGUCUAGGGUUUUGGAAAUGCCCACCUAAAAGUUUGAGGCCCAAACUACUCUGAGAAAGUCUCUAUACCUACACAAAUAAACCACCAGUGAGAAACUCAAGGAGACCUGGGAAUAAAAAAUGGCAUUUCUCUUCA